CUGUCAGCUGAUAAACUGAAAAUUGUUGCUGCAUCCGCGAAUGUAUUUUUAAAACAAAAGCCAACGAUAUCCGUACACGGCACCCGGUACACGGAAGGAGGAUGGCCAGCAAGCAGGAGAGCCGCCUGUGCGCCCUCACCUUCUUUGCGAAACUGCAUCCGGGCGAUGUGUGCGGCAGCAAUGGACUACCGCUGACGCCCAAUUCGAUUGCGAUUCUGGGCAGGGCGCAAAAGCUAAAGGACCUGCAGGACGAGCACUUGUGCCAGUACCUGGACGUGAUACGCGGCAAGCAUGAGCGCACCAUUGUCGUCUCGGAGUACAUGGGACUUUCUCUGGAGGAUUAUGCGAAACGGCAGCAUCCUAUGGCCUUGGGCCAGAUCCUGCGCAUCUUCUACCAGGUCGCCUGCGGCAUUGAUGUCCUCAGUCGGCAUCAUUUGGUGGCCCACAAUCUCGAGCCCAAGCAUAUUCUCAUCUCCCGGGACGGCCGGCAAGUGAAGCUCUUCAAUUAUGGCCUCCAUCACAUGACCAAGGGUGGCUGCUACGUGCCCUUUCCCAUUGGCAACAUCCGGUACAUGGCGCCGGAGCGAGUGCUCGGCCUCAAUGGCAACAUUAAGAGCGAUGUCUGGGCAAUGGCACUCCUCAUGGUGGAGUUCAUAUUCCAAAUCGAACUCUGGCCCAAGCUGAAGCUUUCGAAUGUAAUCCGGAAGAUCCUGGCCUUCGGCAGGAGUAACGGGGUGCUGGAGAAGAUUGCCCGAGAGCAUCAGUGCUAUGAUCGCUACGUGGCACUGGACAAGGAGCUGCAACAGCUGCUGGAGAGCUGUCUGCAUGUUUCGCCGAAGAAACGUCCGCUGCCGGGGGAACUGCUGAAGCACCCGCUCUUCGAGGCGAUAGCUUCGGAGAUGAGCAAGGAAAACGAACUCCUGGAGUCUCUGGAGAAGGAGCCUGUGCCUCUGUUGCUGCGCUGCCCGCUCUCGCAGAUCUACCACCUCUGGCAGCUGGCCGGCGGCGAUGUCCAGGCGGAGCUGAAGAAGGAAGGACUCAUCCGGAGCGAAGCUCCGAUCCUGGGUCUGCCACAGAUCGUGCGCCUCAGCGGGGUGAGCGUCUGUCCGGGACGAAGUCAGGCCCAGCUAAUGGACGACCGGGUGGUGCCCCUCCGACUGCAGGCUCUGCUCCAGCGGCUGAGUCGCCUGCCGGCGAAUGUCUACUUUCCGCUGCUGCACUCGCCGCGGUUUCCUGCCCAGAACGCCCGCGAACUCCAGGAGCUGCCGCUGGUGAUUCGCGAAAAGGACAUCGAGUACCAGUUCCAGCGAGUGCGUCUCUUUACGCGCCUCCUCCAGGGGCAUCCGCACACGGCCGAGCAUCUGCAGCGCGAGGCGUUGGUGGAUGUCCCGCCGUUGUUGCGUGGCCCCAUCUGGGCGGCCCUGCUCGAGGUGGUGCCCAAUGGGAGCUACUGGAAGAUCGACAAGUACACGGCCACCAGCACAGACCGCCAGAUCGAGGUCGAUAUCCCGCGGUGUCAUCAGUACGAUGAGCUGCUUUCCUCUCCCGAUGGGCACCGCAAGCUGCGCCGGUUACUGAAAGCCUGGGUCACGGCCCAUCCGCAGUAUGUCUACUGGCAGGGAUUGGACUCCCUGACGGCACCAUUUCUGUAUCUAAACUUUAACAAUGAGGAACUGGCCUUCCUCAGUCUGUUCAAGUUCAUUCCAAAGUAUCUCCAGUGGUUCUUCCUCAAGGACAACUCGGCGGUGAUCAAGGAGUAUCUGAGCAAGUUCUCGCAACUGACCGCCUUCCAUGAGCCACUCCUAGCCCAGCACUUGGCCAGCAUUAGCUUUAUACCGGAGCUCUUUGCUAUUCCCUGGUUCCUCACCAUGUUCUCACACGUGUUCCCGCUGCACAAGAUCCUCCAUCUGUGGGACAAACUGAUGUUGGGCGACAGUUCGUAUCCCCUCUUCAUUGGCAUUGCUAUUCUGCGCCAGCUACGCAGCACUCUGCUCUCCUCCGGGUUCAACGAGUGCAUACUGCUCUUCUCCGAUCUGCCGGAUAUCGUGAUGGAAGGUUGUGUCCUGGAGUCCCAGAAAAUGUACGAAGCCACACCGAAAAGUAUAACGCACCGCCAGCAUGCCCUCCGCAUCCAUACCCUACAUGAUUUGGACAUUGGCAUCGAUGACGUGGAACUGAAGCACUUGCAGCAGGAGCAGUGCCCCCGGAUCAGUGCCAAGGAUGUGCUCCACUUGCUGCUCAACAAUCCCUCGGAACUGGCGCUGGUGGAUCUGCGCAGCAUUGUGGAGUAUGGAAGGGUGCAUGUGCCGCACAGCAUCAACAUACCGUUCGCCACCGUUCAGCUGGGGGAGCAGCGACUGGACGCGUUGCCCGUGCCCCAGCUGGAGGCCCAAUUGAGGGGCAGGAUUGUGGUGUGUGUUAGCAACAUUCAUCAGCAUUCCGUGGAGUUUUCACACUUUCUGGUGGCCUGCGGCAUUCCACGCACCUGCAUCCUCCACAAAGGAUUCAAUGUCCUGCACUCCAUCGAGCCAAAUAUACUCAUCUCGAAUUGAUCCUUAAUCUUUUUCUAAAUGGCCUAUACAUUCGCUAA